AUGUAUCGUAUCAUGGUCGAGGAGAGGAACCGAUUUAAUCGAUUGCUCCGUUGUCGAACGGGUUGCGAGGAAAGGGGUAACGAAGAAAGCAAAGGAGACGAACAAGCGAAUAGGUGGGGAGCGGGGAGCCAAUGCAAGGAAAGACGCGACAUCGUAGUAACGAGAAAGCUGGUGUCGGUGAAAGCCGCGAACGCUUCUUUAGAUGCCGAUACGAUCCCGUCAGUCGGCGAAACACCGUCGAUUCGUGGUUGUUUGCGCGGUCGGGAGAAUUUCGAGAAAUCGCUGCUACGAAGAAAACGACCACGCAUGGUUGCUAUCGGUAUCAUAGGAUCGUCUAUUUUUCGAGCGACGCUAAUUAUUAUUGAAAUCGCCUUCGAAGGAUACGCGGUUUUCGAAGAAUCGCUCGAUCGAUCGAGGAUCAAAGAAUGUUGGACGUCGGCUCUCUGUGCACGUUCGUCGGAUUGUCAUCAGGGAUGAGCGCGAGUUU